GUAUGUGUGAUUAUUUGCAGAGAAUAUGAAUGUGUGCAGAGCCUGUGUGUGAUUAUCUGUAGAGAUAUGCCCGUGUGAAGAGGCCAUUAACUGUCAUAGGGUCUGUAAAUAUGUGUAGACCUUGUGGUUGUUUGCAAGCUUUUAUGGACAUUCUGCUAAUGUGUUUAAAAAAAAGUCUGAAGCUGUUUUUCCCCCAUGGCACAGGUGAGGGCCCUGCAUAAAAUCAUGGCCCUUUUACCUGCUAACAGCAUACCUGCUAUGAACAACUCUGACACUCGCAUAGCAGGCUGCUUCCUCACUGGCAUCCCUGGGCUGGAGCACCUACACAUCUGGCUAUCCAUCCCCUUCUGCAUCAUGUACAUAGCCACCCUGGCAGGCAAUGGCAUCCGAAUUUGUGUCAUCCUCUCCCAAGCAAUACUGCAUGAGCGCAUGUACGUAUUCUUAUCUAUGCUAGCCAGUGCUGAUGUCUUGCUCUCUACUGUCACCAUGCCUAAGGCCCUGGCCAAUUUCUGACUAGGAUAUAGCCACAUUUCCUUUGAUGGCUGCCUCACUCAGAUGUUCUUCAUUCACUUCCUCUUUGUGGCUGACUCUGCUGUCCUGCUGGCCAUGGCCUUUGACCGCUAUGUGGCCAUCUGCUCCCCUCUGCAAUAUGUCAUGAUCCUCACAAACGAGGUCAUUGGGAAGAUCGUCCCUGCCGCCCUGAGCCGCAGCUUCGUCAUCAUGUUUCCAUCCAUCUUUCUCCUCAAGCGCCUGCACUAUUGCCGGAUCAAUAUCAUUGCACACACAUUUUGUGAGCACAUGGGCAUUGCCCAUCUGUCCUGUUCUGAUAUCUCCAUCAAUGUCUGGUACGGGAUGGCAGCUGCUCUUCUCUCCACAGGCCUGGACAUCAUCCUUAUUACUGUUUCCUACAUCCACAUCAUCCAAGCAGUCUUCCGCCUCCCUUCUAAAGAUGCCCGCUCCAAGGCCCUGCGUACCUGUGGAUCCCACAUCUGUGUCAUCCUACUCUUCUAUAUCCCUGCCCUCUUUUCUGUCUUUGCUUACAGGUUUGGUGGGAGACGCAUCCCACGCUAUGUUCAUAUCCUCCUGGCCAACCUCUACGUUGUCAUUCCUCCUAUGUUCAAUCCCAUUAUUUAUGGAGUGAGAACCAAGCAAAUACUGAAAGGGGCUAAGCAAAUGUUUUCAAAUCUUGCCAAAGGAUCUAAAUAAAUGCUUUCAACUUAGUCUCAACUUAAUCCUUUUCUAUACCAAUCAGUUGUCAUGUAUUUAGCACAUUCUCAUCUCUACAUCUUCCAAUUAUCCCUGUGUUAUUCUCACCAAUCUCCCAAUUUAUUUAAAUAUGUCAUCUACUCAAACCCACCUCUGAUUUUUUUUAUCAGAAAUCUUCAGUAAAAUCUAUCUCAUCCUCUUACUCUUACUAUUGAAAUGCAAUCUGAUUUCCCAUCACCUCAAGAAAAACUAGCUAAUUAGGGGAAAUUUAAGAAUCUAAUUUACCAUCUAAGUGAGACUUUUCUCUAACUGCUUGCACUGGCUUCCUAAUGUAUUCUUAAUUGCUUGUAUAUACUUUUGACAUUUGCCAUUCAACAUCUUUCUCGUGAUGAGAACCCUGGAGAACUGUCACAUCAAAGAAGUUAUAGUCUCAUGGGAUGAUAUUUUUCUUACCAGUUGCACAAAUUCAAGAUCAUAGACACGUAUAUACCCAUGUUCAGAGAUACUAAUAUAGCAGCAGCAUAAAUAGGUGGACAUAUCCAUUUAUCAACUUUUAUCAAAUAAUUCUGAACUAACCAUUAUGUGUUCUGGAUAAAGUUUUCCCUGAAAUGUAGGCAACUAUAUAGGAUUCUUUUCCAUCCAUAUAUGCUUUGUAUUUAAAAGUUAUAUUCAUCAUUAUAAUUAGAAAUAAAAAUACCACUCAUAUAUAA